AUGCAACAACUUUUUGAUUGUCCAAUAUGUUUAUAAACACUGUUACAACCAAUUACUUUAACAUGUGGUCAUACAUUUUGUAAACCAUGUGUUCGAAAUAAAUACUUCUAUCAAAAUUACAACUCAUGUCCAGUAUGCAGAGCACCAAUAUAGAUAUACUUGAAUUAAUUUAAAGUGAAUAUUCUUUUAGAGACUCUUAUCAAAUAAGAAUUCAAUAGUGAAUAAAAUUAUUAGUUAAGGGUGUUAAAUUACUAAAAGCGAAUGGAUUUGAGAAAUAGAAGAAAAUGGUAUAACACUUUGAUAUUAAUUAUAUUCGAAUAUUCUAAACAGGUAUGGAGAAUAAUCUAAAAGAUGCUACCUCUAUAUUUAAUAGGUAUAGAUAUUAUUCUAUAGAGUAUAGUUCUGGUAAUUUUGAUGUAUAUGAGUGUGAAAUCUAAUUUAAGAUUUGAGAAAUUAUAAAAACAGUUUUCUAAACGUGUUAAGCUUGAAAAAUUAAGUGAGGAGAUUGCUAAAAUGGUAUCAUUACUUAAAGCUGAUAAUCAAGAUGCCAAAGAUUUGGAUAUUCAAAAUUUAGUUUUUUCCAAAAUAGUCAAAUACUUAUUUACAAAUUGUGUGAGAUUUUGA